AUGUCAGCAGCAAGCGUCACCGAUGAAUCGUUGGGCCUAUCAUCCGCUAAUGUCGCCCUUGGCGCACUUCCCUUUCCGUCCCUGCCUUCCAGGCGCCGUCGUCGCAUGAAUUCUCCUCUGCCGUCACCUCAAGACCUCCAAUCUCAUCUCUAUCACGCUUUCCUCGACGGCAAGACCGCGGAUGUCGCCCUGCGCAUCUCGGGCUCUUGGCACGCCGUAUAUCAUCUUCACAGAGUCGUCUUGAUCCAGUCGGAAUUUUUUCGCUCGCUCUUCACUGCAGGCUUUGUGGAAGCAUCGCCUAGGCUGCCGAGCCAUUAUGCAGGCCCGGACGAAAUUAACAUUGUAUUUGAUGAUCACAACAUAACUCGUGCAGCAUUCGAAGUCUGUGUUUCUCGCCUAUAUGGAGGUGGCCCGCCGCUGCAUGUUUGUCCAUGUCUGCGGCCAACUUUUUCCCGCCCAUUAACCCCAGGUUUCCCGUAUCAGUCCAAGCAUGAGACACCUCCUGGUCACCAGGCCGCAACACCCCAGUUCUUGCUGUCACUUCUUGCCACAUCCAUUUACCUAUCUAUCCCUUCUUUAGCUUCUCAAGCGCUUUCAUCUAUAUGCGGCACCCUCGGUCCCUAUACCGUCAUCCAGUAUCUUAACUUCUCUCUCGGAAAGUGCACCCGUUCGGAGGGUGCCGCUGAGGGUGCGGUGGGGCUGGAGAGUGUAGCAGAGCUCCUGAAAGACCAAGAUUCCGACAAUGACAAAUCUAUUUUACCGUCACUUUCGAGGAACAACCGUCCAAAUUCGGUUCCUACUUCUUCUUUCGAGCCGACUGAAGAUGGCAUGUCGCUCAAAUCUCAUCCGGCUUCUACCCAGUCGCGUAGUCAGACUCCGCCAGAGCCUGUGACUUUUCAUUACGGCGCAGUGUCGGACAAGAUUGGCGAGGCUGCUGCAGCCUGGCUAUCUCGUUGGGGUCCUGAUAUUCUCAGUUACGAAGAGAAAGUUGUCGAGGGCGUGUUGGACAAGGACGUUCCUCCCUUACCUUCUCACCCAAAGACAAUUCGACGCCGAGCAAAAACCCUGGACUCCGCCAUUCGUGCGGAAGUCGUAGAUGCGGCCAGUACUUCUGUCACGAUACCAACUAUCCCAGUGAUAUGGAGGCGCGGUGGUCUAAGCCCUCAUUGGGUCAAAGCCCUCAUCUCGUCGGAUUCUUUUUUCGCAAGGGAUGAGAUGGAACGAUACGACUUCGCGAAGCGAGCCGUUAAACUGCGGAGGAAGCAGGGUGGAAUAGAUUCAGGUGAGGAGGCGAUUUGGAAAGAGAUGUUUGAAACUGGAAUAUACUAUGCUAACAUGGUGCCAGAAGAUAUUAUCAAGAUAUCAUCCGAUGUGUGUCCCACAACAGAACAACCCUACGUGUCCCUGUCCGUACUCCAGGCGGCGAAUUGGUCUCAAACCCUUCUUCGACACGACCUUACAUUCCGUCCUACUUCUUCUACACCAACACUGGCUUCCGUUAAAGGCAAAGAAAAGGACAUUGGCAUAACAUUUUCGAGAGACUAUUUCCUCAAUGGAGGCAUCAAGCAUAAAGACGGCCCAUUCUAUCUUGUUCCCGUCGACCAGGCUUUACGAAUUGGCGAAAAUGGUGGGCCAUCGUCCGAAGUCAAGGAAAUAUCGAUGGAGCAGUUGUUCGCGCACUCUCACUCUCCUUAUUCGCUCUCCUCUGAAGAAAAUUUAAAUGCCAAGUUCCAGUCCGACAAGGUCUCAAGCUAUCCUAUCACAUUUAACCAGUCAAGUUUCUUUGGUCUUCUACCAAAUUAUUACACACCGACUUCGAUACGAGACGCCUCCACCGAUCCGAAAGCCAUCUACUCUCCUUACCCUCCGUUCCGAUUUUCAGUCGAAUUCUGGGAUACCGAUCACUUGAAGGAGAAGAAAAAAUUACACUCCCAAACCAUCUGGUAUGCUGGUAGCCUGUUCAACGUCUACAUCCAAGUUAUGAAGAAGGAAUCCACGGUUUCGGGCAAGGACAGCCAGACUAGUCAAUUAGGCAUAUACUUAUGUCGACAGAGCACUGUGGAAGCAAUUCCCGCCCGAAGUGCGCCAAAUCCAUUGGUAGUACGACAGAGCAACGACAGAGACUUGACGUCUAGUCCGUCUGACCACAGUCAAAGCACAAGUGCCGGACGCAGUCGGGUAAUAUCGUCAUCAAGCGCUACAUCUCAACCCGCACCGCCCGUUAACCCUAGUCCUCUGACUCCAACGCAUAGCACGACACCGUCGUUGAGUCCUUCUUUGUCGUCAUCUUUACCCUCAUAUCACUCCUUCCCGGAUCGGCCUGGUACUAAUAGCUCGACCGCACCGAGUUACCGAGAUACGCAUGGGUAUCCAUACAGCCUUCCGUAUACCCUCCCGGGUACCGCGCCUUCUCAGCCAUACCGAGAUCCUCGAUCGAGUGUUUCCGCCUACUUCAUGAUCUACUGCGCAAAUCCUAUAGGUAGCUCACAGACACGGUAUAAGAGCAGCCCAGAUGUGUUCAAGAUUAGUCAGAGUUGGGGAUGGAAGAGCAGUUCGUUGAAGGGGGAGGAUAAACCGGUUGGAGAUGAUGCCGAUGACGAAGGUAACAUUAUCAACCUUCAGGGAUCUAAGGUUAGUUUGAGGGCGACGGUUGUUCUUGGGAUCGUGUAG